GGUUUGUGGAGGUGUGUGUGUGGGUGUCGUGGAUUUAAUGUCCAUGUGGACACAAAUACUUGUGAGCAGAUCAUGUUGGCUAUCACAUUAAAGGCCAUGGCAGGACUUUGAUCAACUGAUCUUUACCAAGAAGUAUUAGAGGCAGCAACACUGCAUUACUUUAGGCCAGUCCAGUAGAGCAAGGCAAGUACUUCGUUUGUCAGGUUGACUUGUCAUUAAUUUGGGCCAGUCCAGUGGAAACAGGUAGUCCUUGACUGGUUCGCAUUGGCUGGUAAUUACUGCUGAUCAGUCUGAAGAACCAGGUAAGUUCCUGGUCAUUUAGGUUGACUGAUCAUUACUUCUGAUCAGUAUGAAGAACCAGGUAAGUUCCUGGUCAUUUAGGUUGACUUAUCAUUACUGCUGGCCAGUCCAGUAGAGCCUCGUAGGUUCAAGUAUGGUAAGUUGACUGUUAAAUAUUUCAUUGAUGACGUCUUUAAAAAAAUUUUAAUCGUCGCGAACAUAGAUGACAUCAUUUUAUUUCCAAUCUGUCAUCUCAUUGACUGAUACAACGUUAAAAACCUAGAUUUAAAGUGUUCACCCAGGAAAAUAAUCUCUGUCCAGUGAGAUACUGCUCUGCGUUGUUGAAUUCAUUGUUUCAUACCCACACACAAAAAAGUGCACAUUGUUUAAAAUAUAAUAUAAAAACCAGAUUCAAAAUACAGGUACUAAUAACAAAUAGCUUAAUGCUGAGAUGAUUUUCACAAUAAAAGACAAUUGUCUAUCAUAAGGAAGCUCAGAGUGCCAAACUGGAAAGCUAUAAAUUUGCUUCCCUUGCAGAGUACAAAGGAAAUCUAAAGAACGUUUAGAGUGAACGCACAGCUACAUUAAUAUUACUUACGUAUUUGAACUUGCAUUUCUGGAAGAAUUCAAAAAAAAUCUGAAUUAAAUUCUUCACGAAUGUAAUGUGGGCAAAGAAAUACUGAGUAGCGUGCAGUGUUUUGUUCUGGGGGGGUGGGGGGUGGGUGUUCAGAUUUUCGGGAAGGGGGACAGUGACAGAGGCAAGAGCCGUAGCUAAAGAGGAAUAGGGGACAGAUAUCCCCAUGCACCACACUAGCGGGUCGCCAAAAUGGGGUGUGAUGGAAUUUAAUGCAUACAAAUAAUGAUUUUCAUAGUUAAGGAGGGGGGCGUGAAAAUGAAUCAAUAUCCCCUGGCGCCAAACACCCUAGCUACGCCUCUGGUCAGCCCAGAUGUCAAUUUUUCUUUAUAUGGAGGGGAAGGACUUUAUGACAAAUGCAGAGUUUGUAUCGUUAAUUGGAACGUGGCAUCAGUCUUGGCAAGUCUAGGGUAGCACUAACACUGGCUACUCCACUAUGCUGUGUAUUUAUAUCAGCACAAUCACUAGCUACUUCACUAGGUUGUUCAUCUAUCAGCACUAACACUGGCUACUCCACUAGGUAGUGUAUCCAUUACCAUCAACACUAGCUACUACUCAUGAGUGUUAUCUAUCAGCACUAACACUAGCUACUCCACUAGUUUGUGACUCUAUAAGGCCUAACACUAGCUGCUCCACUAGGUCAUGUAUCUAUCAAUUCUAACACAAACUAAUCCACUAGAUUGUGUAACUAUCAUCACUAACCUUAGCUGUUCGACUAUGUUGUGUAUCUAUCAGCACUAACACUAUCUACUCCACUAGAUAAUGAAUAUAUCAUCACCAAAAAUUAUGACCAGCGCCAACUGUUCCGUAGUUUAUUAGGGAAGAAGGGCACACAUUGAGGGUACUGUUGGCUUUUGAGUAAAAAGGGGGGGGGGGGUCUGGGGAGCCCUCCCUAGCAAAUUUUGGAUUAUUUCAAAAUCAAAAGUUGAAUUUUGUAGUAUACUUUAAUACAGUGUUUCUCUAAGAUUAUAUCAUCUGGGGAAGGUAUUUUUCACUCGUCAGAGGGAGACAUUGUGGCAUUCAGUCAUACAUAAAUUGAAUUCACUCAGGAUGUGGCGUGCCCCAGGGUAAUCAUUUGGCACACGCUUAUAUUUAACCCAAUACUGUAACAGGAAACAGCCUUGGGGUUGGAUGUGUGGAAAAUUUAGUUUUUAAAAUUCAGGGAUGUAUUUUGGGGCAUACUUGAAAUUGUUAUUUCUUUCAGGUAAUUUUUUAAAAAAGGGGGGGGGGGAUUUGAGACUUUCCUGUGUGAAGCGCUAAAAUUAGCCAUUAUUUAGAAAUAACUUUUACAUGCUUCAGUCCAACAUGAACUAAAUACAUUCCAAAUUAAGGCUCUUGGCUGGUAUGCAUUGUCCCUAGCUUAAUAUCUAUUAUAGCUUUAUAGUCCCAAUACAUUUUUGAUAAAUUAAAAAAUAAAGGAAUACAUUUUAGCAAAUACUUCAAAUUAAAGUUUUGCAAAAUUCUACACUUGGAGAGCAACGGAAGAAAUACUAGUUUAAAAAAUGUAGGUGUCACUUAACUUUAGAAACAUCAUGUGAGCUCAGCGAUCCCUACAACUGCCGUGGGCCUCGGAUAUUUUAGGGCUUUAAGAUGUGAUGUGGAGAUUGCCUUAUUAAUCAUCUUUCAGUGCAAGGUUGGGGGGGGGAGGACAAAACCAAAAGAUUACAAUUUUCAGGUAUUUUACUUUCAGCCAUGCCACCCACAAGAAACUCAAUCCUCGUGUGCGCCACCCUGGCAGUUUUCGUGCUCAUCCCCAGCGCCCAUGCGGUCAGUAACAACAACUACCCGUACACCACGGCCCUGUCCUGUUGGGGUAACCCCGUCUACACGUGGAGCCUCACCGUUACCUCGACGUCAACCUACCAUGCGUGUCCAGAGACCUCGUGCUAUGAUUACUACACGAGGAACAACUGCUGCAUGACCUACUUCAAUGGGUGUGAGCUACUCCCAACUUUUUUUUUCUUUGUCAGAUGUGAAUCAAAAGUCAUGUGUUAAUAUCUUGUAUACAUAUUUUUUUUCCUUCUGGUGUGUCCUGCUUCCUUUUCGAAACCACCCCCCCCCCACCAAUUCAACACACUUCACAAAUUUUAUAUUAAUAGUACUGAGUGAAGAAGAAGAAACUGCCAUGCGUGAUAUAUGAACUCAAAUAGUUUUGUUAAUUUUAAAAGUGGGGGGGGGGGGCGACUAUUAUUGGGUGUUGCUAUUGUUCGUUUUCCUCUGUCCCACAGCGAGCGCCUUUAAAGGUUAUUCGAAACCCCCCCCCCCCCACCAAUUCAACCCACUUCACAAAUUUUAUAUUAAUAGUACUGAGUGAAGAAGAAGAAACUGCCAUGCGUGAUAUAUGAACUCAAAUAGUUUUGUUAAUUUUAAAAGUGGGGGGGGGGGGCGACUAUUAUUCGGUGUUGCUAUUGUUCGUGUUCCUCUGUCCCACAGCGAGCGCCUUUAAAGGUUUCCCAUCUUCUUAAUACUGCGACCGUUAUUCCCCCCAAAGAGUUCUUUGUUUUAAAAUGAAAGACAGUAUCUUCUCUGUCGACGGGUUUGGUUUUUUUUGUUGUUUUUUUACCGCGUCAUCUCUGUCCCGUGAUCCGGCCAACUGCCUGCACCUAUCAGUGGGUUAUUUCUUGACAAAAACCUUUGACGAAAGCAAUGCACUCACACUGCUACAACGGGGCAGUCGAUUUCGUUGCAUUUUAUGUAGAAAAUGAGAAGUUAGCUCUUUUUUUUGUUUUGUUUUUGUUAACACUUGAUCCCACCGGGUAUUGUCUCAAAAGUCGUGGAACAGUUGUAGAAAAAACAUCCACCCGGUUAAGCCCUGGUAUGGAUUAAUUGUCCAGGGGGAUAUUUUACAAUAGUCCACUAACCAAUGUGUACAUAAUUUGUACAAGGGAAUGUUGUCCUGUCACUGCAUGCAUUUUGUACCAGAGAAAAUUGAUCUGUCACUACACGCAUUUUGUACCAGGGCAUGUUGUCCUGUCACUACAUGCAUUUUGUACCAGGGAAUGUUGCUCUGUCACUACAUGCGUUUUGUACCUGGGCAUUUUGCUCUGUCACUACAUGCGUUUUGUACCAGGGCAUGUUGUCCUGUCACUACAUGCAUUUUGUACCAGGGAAUGUUGUCCUGUCACUACACGCGUUUUGUAUCAGGAAAUGUUGUCCUGUCACCACAAUCGUUUUGUACCAGGGAAUGUUAUCCUGUCACUACAUGCGUUUUGUACCAGGGAAUGUUGCGCUGUCACUGCAGACUUUAGUACGAGACUUGGUGGGUUCAUUAAGUAAUUUUAUUAUUUUUUAAGAUUAAUUUAUUCAGGAAGGAAAGUCAAUACUUAAGUUAACAGGGAAUAAUAAAAUACAAAAUUAAAAAAAAAAAUAUUUAAAAAAAUAAUAACAAAUUAAAUAUAGAUCGUUAUUAAUUCUUAAAAUCGCCGUCGUCUUGCUUUCCGUACACAAACUGCCUUCUUCACACAAGAAUCGUGUCAAGUUUCUUAUCCUCCGUACACCACAUGACCAGAAGGGAGCUUUCUGAUUGGUGAGCGUUUCUUGCUAAAUUUAUCAAAGCAUGUAAAACAAUGAGGAUUUUAACUGUGUUCGCCUCGGCGAUCAUCAUGUUACGAAUGCCUUAAACAUUGUGAUAAGAAUUUUUGCGACACUACUUAUGUGUGUCCUCAUGCAGUGGUUUCAAUUAUUUUUCAAAUAUUGGACGCCCUUGCUGAUUUCAGAUUUUCGCAUGACGCCAUUAAAUCUGUUAACACCGACAAGCACCACGGGAUAUGGCGAAUAAAUAUUUGGCCUCAUUGAACAGUUUAAAUAACACUGAUUGAAAUCACAAGUAGCUGUUAAUAUUUGGACAUUAUUUUCUUUUUUUCAAAAUUUGAUUUUUAAAAAAAAUAUCAUGGUUUUAUAUGUCGAUAAAAAAAAAUUUUCAACCUUUCAAUGAUAAAGGAACUUAUUUUACUCUACUGUAGAAUUUCUACAUCAUUAAGAUAAUAUUGGUGUUAAAUGGUAGAAAUGAAAGUAAAUCUGUUCUCUCUCUCUUUUUUUUUUUGGUCGAGAAUAUAGACUAAUAAAGCUUAAUUGAUCUAUAUCUAAAGUUAAGAUUUGAUCAAAAUUUGAAAUAACAUAUGCAUUGAGUGACAAAUAGAUUGAAGGAAAAUAUAUGGGGUUGGGGGGGGGGCCUUAGAUUCAGACAAACAAGCAGAUAAACUGACUUCAGAAAGGAAUGCUUAACAAACAAAACAAACAAAUUACAGUUGAGUUAUUUUUUUUUUUUAGAUGAGUGACAAAUAGAAUGAAAGAAAAUAUAUGGGGUUGGGGGGGGGGCCUUAGAUUCAGACAAACAAGCAGAUAAACUGACUUCAGAAAGGAAUGCUUAACAAACAAAACAAACAAAUUACAGUUGAGUUAUUUUUUUUUUUUAGUCUGAGAGUCGUACGACAGUUAGAUCUGUGUUUGUCUGCUACCUUCAGACCAUCGCAAUACUAACGUCUUCUCCUAACAAUGAAUCGAUCAUCAUUCUAAUAGAUCUCAUACCCCCCCCCCCACGUCUAUCCUCAUUCUCCCUACUCUCAAAUCAUCCAUCCGUCUUUGAACAAACAUCACUUGUUCAAACUUUAAAUUCUGUACUUUCACACCAGACGACGGACUUCUCAAUCAACAAUGUCGAUGCGGCCCUUCGGUGGUGUGCCCGACACUGACUGCAACCACCCUUGCCACGACAGCAGCGGGAGCAGCAACAGCAACACCCACCCCGACGACAACAACCACACCAACAAACACACUAACUCCUACUACUACAGCUCCACCAUCACGUAAGUACUUUAUUGCAAUGGCUAAACUACUCAUAACAUUCGAUUACCGGGUGUAUGGAGUAUCAAAGAAAAGGCAGCAUCGGGUACCUAUAGACGGAGCGAGUAAAUCGCUUUUUAUUGAGAACCGUUUAAAAACGCUUGUUUAUAAAAAACAACUAAACAUUGUGGCUAUAAAAUUACGUCUCGCAGUACGAAUGUCUUGAAGUACGAAAGCCUCGCAUUACGAAUGUCUUGAAGUACGAAAGCCUCGCAUUACGAAUGUCUUGAAGUACGAAAGCCUCGCAUUACGAAUGUCUUGAAGUACGAAAGCCUCGCAUUACGAAUGCCUAAAGAGUAUGCACCAGGGCUGAAUAGACAGUCUGUUUGGUGAAAUGUAACACCCUUCCCUGACACCCCCCCCCCCACGAGCCUUUGAACUUCGUCAAUUUUGGACUGUGGGUUUUGCCAGUAAAGAUGACGGUGGGUCAUGUCAGCCAUUGUAACUGUGUGUCAUGUUAGCCGUUGUAACUGUGUGUCAUGUCAGCCGUUGUAACUGUUGGUCACGUCAGUAAAGGAAACUGAGGUUCAGGUCAUUCAAGAUGACUGUAUAUCACAUCAGCCAAGGUGAUGUUGGGUCUUGCCAGCCAUUGUAACUGUGGGUCAUGUUAGUAAAGGUAACUUUUGGUCAUGUCAGUCAAGGUAACUGUGGGUCAUGUCAGCCAUUGUAACUGGGGGUCAUUUCAGGCAAGGUGGCUGUGGGAAUGUCAGCCAAGAUAACUAUGGGAAUGUCAGUCAAGGUGACUGUGAGUCAUGUCAUCCUUUGUAAUAUUGGGUCAUGUCAGCCAAGGUAACUGUGGGUGAUGUCAGUCAAGGUGCAUGUGGGUCAUGUCAGCCAAGGUAACUGUGGGUCUUGUCAUCCUUUGGAAUAUUGUAUCAUAUCAGUCAAGGUAACUGUGGGUCAUGUCAGUCAAGGUGUCUGUGGAAUGUCAGGAAAUGUGCCUUCAGUCAUGUCAUCCUUUGUAACAUUGAGUCAUGUCAGCUAAGCUAACUGUGGGUCUUGCCAGUCAAGGUAACUAUGCUUCUUGUCAGUCAAGGUAAUUAUCGAUCAUGUCAGCCAUUUUAACUGUUUUUGUCAUUUAAGGUAAAUGUGGGUCAUGUCAGCUAUUGUAACAUUGGUUCUUGCCACCCAACGUAACUGUUGGUCAUGUCAGCCAUUGUAACAUUGGUUCUUGCCAGACAAGGUAACUGUGGGUCAUGUCAGCCAUUGUAACAUUGGUUCUUCCCAGCCCAUGUAACUGUGGGUCAUGUCAGCCUUUGUAUCUAUGGUUCUUGCCAGCCAAGGUAAGUGUCGGUCAUGUCAGCCAUUGUAACAUUGGUUCUUGCCAGUCAAAGUAACUGUGGGUUAUACCAGCCAUUGUAUAAGUUUCCAUUUCGAAAUUUUACUAUCAAUAUUUGAAAUAAAUAAAAAAAAUUACAGUUACUUUUUUAAAGAGCAUUGAUGACCAUUCAGUUAUAAUAUUGACAACAUAGUACUUCUUAAAUAAUUCCAAUGAUAAUACAAUGGGAUGAUGAUCCGCUGACGGAGACCAACUCGUCACUCAUGGGCAAGGAGAAAAGAACGUAGUGUCGUAACAAUAAUGGAAUGAAGGCCAAUGACUGAACAAAUUUAAAAGACUCGGCGCCUAGAAGAAAGAACAAAGAGACGCAUUGACAAUAUGCAAAAUAUUGUUUAAAAAAAACAACAAAUUAAUGGAUUAAAAAGAAAUAUUUGAGAGAUUGCUACAGUUCAUAACUAUCGUGUCCCUUCAUCACCCCCUGAACUGGGAACAUUGGUUAAACAUAUUUGAAAUAUUUUUUUUUUUAAACCAACGAGUCCAUAUAGUAAACCCUGUUUAAGAUUGGAGUAAGUUAUUUUCCUUAAAGUCAUUCAAGAAGUACACACGUACAAGCAAGUACACUCGUACAAGCAGAUAUUGAUAAGUGAAUCAAAAAGAUGGCUUUAUAAAAUUUAAAAAAAAGUGUUUUUAUUCAUUUAGACCAAGAAUAUAUAUUUAAAAACGACAGGUAGAGAGAGAGCGGUUAAGUCUUUUUUUUAGGGUGGAGGUGUUGGGGGUUAACACUAAAAGCCUAACACAUCCAUGAGUCAAGUAUCACCUUAAUCGGAAAAUUUUGGUUUUUGAUCCAUGUAUAUGAUCCUCAAAUGUUUACGUUUCCCUUCAAAUAAGAUAUCUUCUCAAUUUACUACCCUUCCCCCCCCUCCCUUCUUAAACACAACCCCAACACACCCCCCAACAGUGUGCCAGCCGGCAUUACCUCUCCCGAAAGGCGCCCCCGUCAACAACGACUGCGCUUUUGCUGGCGUCUCCAACAUCACCAUCAGCAGCAGCGGGACAAAGGUGAUGUGCAACGCCGUCCUCGCCACGGUUACGGUCGACGGCACCCCCAAGAAGACGUUCCUCACGCCAAGUGCCUGUAAGAAGCUAAUCGACGGCGCAAACGGAGUGUAAGUAAUAAUGAUGCAAUUUUACUAAGUCAUUGUGACGUUUUCUAAUGGUCGGGACACACACCGUGAGAUCCGUUGUGUUAAAUCUCGGAAACUAGAGACCCGUUUCGUUAAAGACCAGAAACGGGAUAUCCAUUGUGUUGAAGACCGGAAACGUGAGAUCCAUUCUGUUAAAGCCCGUAAACAAGAGAUCCAUUGUGUUAAAAACGUAAACAAGAGAUCCAUUCUGUUAAAGCCCGUAAACAAGAGAUCCAUUGUGUUAAAAACGUAAACAAGAGAUCCAUUGUGUUAAAGCCCGGAAACUAGAGACCCGUUUCGUUAAAGACCAGAAACGGGAUAUCCAUUGUGUUGAAGACCGGAAACGUGAGAUCCAUUGUGUUAAAGCCCGUAAACAAGAGAUCCAUUGUGUUAAAGCCCGUAAACGAAAGAUCCAUUGUGUUAAAGCCCGUAAACGAGAGAUCCAUUGUGUUAAAGCCCGUAAACGAGAGAUCCAUUGUGUUAAAAACCGUAAACGAGAGAUCUUUUGUGUUAAAGACCGGAAACGUCAGAUCUUUUGUGUUAAAGACCGGAAACGUCAGAUCUUUUGUGUUAAAGACCGGAAACGUCAGAUCUUUUGUGUUAAAGACCGGAAACGUCAGAUCUUUUGUGUUAAAGACCGGAAACGUCAGAUCGGUUGUGUCAAAGACCGGAAACGUUGAGGUAAAGAUCGGAGGAAAGAAGAAAGUCCAUUUGCUAUUCCGUGCCCAUCAAAUUGUGUGGAAAAUGAUAACUUUGUCAUCACACAAUGUUUGAGUGUGACAUCUUGUGGGGUUCAAGAACCGUUGAAUUUCUUCUGUUCAUGUAUGUGUGGUGGCCACGCUCCGUUGCAAACGGACAGUGCCUGUAAUGUCUGCGAAAGGGUUUCUGAUGUCUGUGACAGUGUCUGUAAUGUCUGUAACAGUGACUGCAAUGACUGUGUAUUUUAUGUCUGUCUCGGUGUCUGUAAAUAGAUGAUCAUUCAGGGUCAAAUAGCAACGGUGCGGGAAAUCUUCAGAUUAUAAAAGUCUGCUGACAACCUCAGAAAACAUGCAAGAAGAAUUCACUAUGAAUUAAUUAUACGCUAUCCUCAAAACCAAAGUAGCUCCUCUCUUGCCCAGACACGUUCGACAUUGUUGGUAUGGUUGUCAGCCAACAGGUUUUUAUUUUAGAUCGCACAGUCAAAUAAUGCUCUUGCCUCUUCUUCCGCAGAGUGUACAUCUCCAUCGGGGCUCAGAAUUUCCCAGUUCAAAAGCCAAUCUUCACUAUGAGUGACGGUGAGUCCACGAUCAGUGCGUCUUGGCCAUGUUCAAGACCUUCACACACGCGUCUUGGCCAUGUUCAAGACCUUCACACACGCGUCUUGGCCAUGUUCAAGACCUUCACACACGCGUCGUUCGGCACGGAAAAGAUCGGAUGCAAAAUUUAAAUCUAUAAAACUAUUGGUGUCCACAUGAACAUUUGAUGAACAUUUGAUGAACAUUUGAUGAACAUUUGAUGAACAUUUGAUGAACAUUUGAUGAACAUUUGAUGAACAUUUGAUGAACAUUUGAUGAACAUUUGAUGAACAUUUGAUGAACAUUUGAUGAACGUUUGAUGAACAUUUGAUGAACAUUUGAUGUGUUUAUGCAUAUGUCAAAACUUUGCCUAGAUAAUUACGGUAUUGUCUAAUGGGCUUCAGCAAGGCCAACGUCACUUGAAGGAAGUUACGAAAUUUUGGGGGAAAAGAGGGAGGGGGGGCAUCAUCAUGGGGCGCCAAAUCUGGCUUAGUUAGGACGAUAGAAUUAAUGAAAUGUUAAGCGCAAAUUUAGUUGGCAGGGACAAAGUGUGCAAAAUCAUCUUUUUUUGCUUGUUGCUGAUCUGCAGCCCCGUGGGGCACUAUACAAAAACAACGAACUUACGGGCACCAUCUUCAGGUUUCCUGCCAGGGGCUGCUUUUCCUUGGCACGGCCGACCUCACUGGGGGUGGGGGCUGUUUCGCUAGAGGAGGGUAAGUGUUUAACCGGGGGUGAGCGUAAUUGUUUCACCGCCAUGGGGAUAGUAACAGUUUCUCUGAGGAGGGUAACUGUUUCACUGAGGAGGGUUAUUGUUUCACUGAGGAGGGUAACUGUUUAACUUGGGGAGGGUAAUUGUUUAUCUGGGGGAGGGUAACUGUUUCACUGCGGUGGUAAAUACUGACAAAAUAUCAAUGUUUUAUGUUUUUAAACGUUACUAAUUAAGCAAUUAAAAUUAUUCAUUUCACACAUAAUCCAAAUCCACGUCUCCUCAAAUCUAUCAGAUAAACAGUUCAAUAAGCUGUUUUGGUCGAUUUCGAUUCAUUUAUUUUCCUCACGUCAUUCCAAUCCAAGAUUUCCUCGAAUGUAGCCAGUAAGAUUUCAUCCAGUCAUACGAUGUCUUUCAUCCAGAUUGUCGAUGGCAGUUUCGGACACUAACCCUUGUCCACCCUUACCAAAACUUCUUCUAAUCAUUUGUCACUUUUUUUUUUUUUACAUUUAGGAACGAAUGGCAACGCCCUCAUUACAAUCGACCCCUUAUACAUCAGCUUACUGUAUAACCUGGGAAGUUGUCAGAAAACCGCCUGCACAUAUAACAGGGCGACCAUGGGGUCGAAGGUCAACCUAACGGACUGCAAGCUGAUCAGCUGGGGAGCAGAGGAUGAUAGUGAGUGGUCAGUUGGGCACACACGUGAUCUUGGUCGGUUAUCACCCAAUCGUGUGGUUUAAGGGUCGGUAGCGAUAGGGUCAAUCAAUUUGAUGAAGCGGCUAUUGAAGGAAAGGGUUAAUUUAUAGUGUGGUUCAGUUGAGACAGGGCUAAUUGAGUUAAGUGGUUAAUUAAGGAUGAUGUUAUUGUAGUAGGUGGUUAGUUCAAGAAAGGUGAAAUUUCUUUUCGUAGAUAGAUAAGAAAUCGUUUUUUGUGUUGCGUGGUUAGUUUAAAAAAGGAGUUAAUUUAGUAAGUUAUUAAUGAAGAAGGAGUUAAUGUUGUAAGUUAAUAAUGAAGAAGGAGUUAAUUUAGUAGGUUAUUAAUGAAGAAGGGGUUCAUUUAGUAAGUUAUUAAUGAAGAAGGAUUUAAUUCAGUAGGUGGUCGGUCGUGAACUCGGUUAAUUCCGGAGUUGCUUAGCUAAGCGAAUGGUUAAUUAAAUUGGAAAGGGUUAAAUCAGAGGAUCGCCAUGGCCAAGUUAAAUGCUGACUGAUUAGGGGGUUGGUCAUAGAAAGUGAUAAUGUUGUAGUUGGUUAUUCAAGAAGGGGUUAGUUGAGGAGGUUGUUUGUUAAGGAAACAGAAAGAACAUAGUGGAAUAGGGCUUGUCAUUUAAUGGCGGAAAUCUAUUAAUAGAACUGAUGUCAUUAUUACUCGUCAGCCGGGUUCAGUAUUACUAUGUUAGCGAAGUGUCCUUGAAAUUCGUUUACAACUCUAUUUUACGAAAUAUUUUACAUAUUUUUUUUUUUACUUCCAUUUUCUGAAAUGCGACUUCAUUGCGCGAACGGCAAAUGUAACAGUGACUCUAGAUACAAGGAUCGUCCGAAAGAUAUACUGAAACACAGUACAAGCUGCCAUGUUUUAAGCAAUAUUUGUCCGCUGACCUUCUAAAAAUAGUACCCUAUGACGUUUUCCGGUCUUAGAAAUGACAAGCCCUAUAAGAUAAGGAAAGGAGUUAAUUUAAUAUAUAGGUAGGGAAGGAAAUGAAGUUAAUCUGAUAUGUGGUUCGUAAGGGGAAACUGACUUAAUUUAAACGGGGGUUCAGGAAAGAAACCGGAGUUAAUUCUGUCGGUGGAUAGUGAAAGGAAAUGUUUUAUUUGCACGUGUAAUCAAUGCGCUUACUCUGAUGCGAUCAAAUGAGAAUUCAAUGUAAAGUAAUUGCCCCGUAUGUUAUGUUGCAGCGUCAAGCAAAAAGGGCGAAUAUGAGACCCCAGUGGAGAUGAAUAUUGGGGGCUGCGACCCCCUGCUGAUACCAAACGAGUCUGGGGCCCAGAACACCGUGUGCUUUACGACAACCACUGGCCAAAAUACCUUUUGUUCGGUAAAGAAUAUGCUCUUAGGAAAUGUGUGUGAUGCUACGCGAGAAACUCGCGAGUUUGGGCCAGUGUGGGGUGUGCUGGGCAGAACGAGAAUGCUGGGAGAGGGCAACAGUACACUGUCAGAUCAAGGUCGAGGUAGCGCGACUGUGAGGUGACUGCCAGGGAGGUUGCUUUUAGCGGUAACCUACUUGUGUUGUCCAGAUAGAGGCUCGCGUGAGGUUUUCCAUUAAAUUACUGCCCAUGAUUGGACACGGAGAGACGGAGCAAUGGCUUUGUGUUACACUCAUCAGAGCUGUCUGUAGGCGACAUUCGACACAAGUAAACCACAAAACACAAGCCUCAGCAAUAGCCAAAGGGAAAUAAUCAAUCUGAUGGGGAUCUCUUUCUCAUUAUCGGAGCAUGAUAUAUUCUUAGUAACUACGGAUUAAUUUAAGACGUCUAUUGUAUUUUACACUGUAUACAUUUAUUUACUUUAAAACAUCUAUUGAAUUUUAUAUUGUAUAAAUUGAGUUACUUUAAAAAAAUCAUUGUAUUUUAAACUGUACAAAUUUAUUUAUUUUAAAACUUCUAUUGAAUUUGAUACUAAAUCAAUUAAUUUCACAAGCGUAACCAACAGACCCUAGGUUGCACGUCUUGUCUCAUAGGAGCAUUGCAAUCAUUAGUAUUGGUUUGUGUUUUAGGGUGACAGUGGAGCGCCACUGUACUGCCGAGCCCACACUAACGGUGAGUGGAUCUUGAUGGGCGUGGCCGCGUAUCAGACGAAGUGUAACCCCAGCCCUGACUUCAAAGUCAUCCCUUUCCCAGUAGACUUCAAGGUCACUCCUCCCCCAGUAGAAGCCGAGGUCGCCAUGUCUCCAGGAUAAGCAUCCUGGUGACGUCUGGACACCAGAUGAAGUGAACACCGGAGCACUAGAUGAAGUGAACACCGGAGCACUAGAUGAAAUGAACACCGGAGCACUUGACACAAAUAUUCUAAACAGAAAACUCUUGUAAUAAAACACGAGUCUGCAAAUCCAU